UUCGCGUCGGUCCUAGAGAGAGAAGGUCGGGAUCUGCUGCUGAAUACACUUUGUGAGAACCAACAGUCGCAGGCAUUACUUGGUGCCCUUCGACAGCUCAUCCAGGGUCAACGUGCAAUGCAAAAUGAUGCGGCAGCCGACGCUCCACCGCUAAUGCAGCCACAACAAGCAGCUGCACCGACCAUCAGACCUUUUGAUGCUGCACUGGAAAGCUGGACGGAGUGGUCACGCCAAUUUGAAUUCCAUCUCGCAGCCUACAGAAUUCAAGCAAUGACAGACACCGACAACUUCUUUGGGAUCACGGCUGUGGAGGUGGCGUACGUCAGGAAGCAGCUGGGCACCAACGAGGAGGACAUCAAGACGACUGUCAAAUCACUCCGAGAGUGGCUCAGGAUGCAGCCACACUUACCCGACGCCGCAGAGGACUCCUUCGUUGAGCGGAUGUACAUCAACUGCAAGUGCAGCAUGGAGAGAGUCAAAGUAGGAUUAGAUGCGUACUUCUCCCUGAAACACAGAUUCCCCGAGUUAUUAAUGAACAGAGAUGUGGGAGGAAGCGACAUCCAGUUUGCAAUGAAGCAUGUCAAAAUGAUGACGCUGCCACGACUCACAAAGGAUGCAUAUCGCGUGCACGUCCUCACGGAAGUGGACGAAGACCCGACCACUAUAAUUUGGCCCCCAUAUGGUAAGAUACUGUCCAUCGGAAUGGAAGUUAUGUUGGUCGAAGACUACUCUGUUGGAGAUGUUCUCAUCAUCGACUUGGCCAAUGUGAAUGCUGGACACAUUGUGCGUGCAGAUAUCAACCUCAUCCACAAUCUUGAAGUCUGCUACAAGACUGCUUACUGCCGGAGGUUGAAAGGACUUCACUUGGUGAAUGCAUCGAAGAUCAUACAUUCAGUCAUGAAAAUAGUGAAGAUGGCGCUGUCUGAAAAGUUGCAAAAUAGGGUGUUCGCGCACCUUCCAGGAUCGACGACUCUGUUCGACUACGUGGAGCGUGACUGCGUACCAGACGAGCUGGGAGGCACUGCCGGACCUGUUGAUAACUUAGCCUACAUUCUUACGAAGAGGGCCAACCGCGAGUGGCUGCUAGAGAAGGACAAGUACGUGUCAGACGAGAGCAAACGCCCCGCCGAGAACCGCUAUGGUGACAUCUACGGCAUCGCCGGCUCGUUUAAAAAAUUAUGCGUGGACUGACACACAACUCUUCUUUUUAACACAGAGAUUCGACACUUUUAUACUCGUGUACAUGAUCACCUGUGGACAAAACACUGAAAUAAACUGUUCUCUACU